AUGGGCUCUGGUAAGUGUAGUGGAUUGUUUGGUACAUCUGGCAUGCAAAGUUGUCGAUAUUUUCUUGUGUAAUUCCAUUGGUCUACUAUUUUUUUUUAAUUGUUUUUUUCAAUGUCUAUGCUAAUGGUUCAGUGAUCCGUGCCAAACCUACAAUUUUCUGUUUUUCCGUCCAUCUGAUAUUGGAAGUCUCUGUACUCCUCCCUCUCUCACUGCUUGUUAUUUCCCAUUUUUCCGUCUCGAGCAUCUCAGUUUAUGCUGAUUUGUGACGUCGCAAUCUUCGCGUGUGCUUUGUCUACUUUGAUUUCGGAAAGAACGUUAAAAAUCGAUUUAAUAGUGGAUAAAAUCCUUUCGUCAAAUCAGUCUCGAAAGUAAAAAGCCAUAAUGCGUCAAAACUUUUGGUCUAUCUCUCUUAAGAUGGUAGCGUUUGCCUACGUAUUCCUCAAUUCUGCUUUUUGGCCUUUGCAAAUGCCUGAAACCAGAUUAAGCAUCAUUACUCAUUGUAAAUGGCAACUUUUUCAUGUUGCUUCCAGAUGCAGAUAUGGAGGACUAUGGUUUCGAGUACUCUGAGGAGGAGCCUGAGGAGCAAGAUGUUGACAUCGAGAACCAGUACUACAAUUCCAAAGGUAAUUCUCAGGAAUUUCGGUAUGUGUACUUUAGUUGUUGCAAAUUGUUACCCUCCUUGUCUACUUCUUCGUCGACACUCUUGGUAUAGUUAGAUUCGAAGGUGAAUGCUGUUAAUCGACUGUAUUUAGAUUUAUUUCUGGUUCUGGUUUAUAUUUUUUCUGAUGUUUAUAGUUAUUUGCAUCUGCAAAGAGAGCUUUUUUUUGUGAAUUUUUUACCUAUAAUUGCUGAAGCAGACACUCGUGCGAUGCCAGAUUCUUUUCAAAAUGGUCGCCUAGGCCCAUAGAAUGCUAUUUUUCAAACCUUUGUCAUUAUGAUUAUGCCUGCUAAAGGAUGAAGACAUCAUGUGAACCCAUAAUGACAUUACCAAUUGUCUACCAUUAUUUUAUUGCUUCUUUAAGAUGAAAUGAAGUACGUGAUGAGUUUCUAGCAGCUAUCUUGAAGUUCAGAUUGGAUGAAGAAUUGAUUUUCUAUUUUCCCGUUGAUUUUUUCUCCGGUGACGGACAUAGGACUACUUCUUUUUUUUUUACCGAAUUUUUAUUAUUAUUCAUAAAUUAGGAAAUCUUGAGGUUGAGGAACUGAGGUCUUUACGAGCUUGGUGCAUUUUUUGUUCUGUUUUUUCUGUCUGAAUGCAUGUAAACGGAUUUUGAGGUAGAUCUACAAUGAAAUUUCACUGGGAUCACCAAAUAAUUUGCUGUAUACGGGGAACUCCUUGCUGCUGAUUCUUGGAACAGAAACAUGGUGCUUCGGCUUGGUUUCACUUGAAGACCUCUAUCUCCAUCAUAUCCAUGCUUGAGGGAGGUUGAAUAGAUCCUGAAAAGUGUAUGAUGGGGAUAUGACGCUAAUUCAUUGUACCAUCUGUUUAAAUUUUUUACAAUCUGUCUGGAUUUGACAAUCUUGUUUUAUGCUGUUUUUAUGAGGUAGGACCGUGUUACGCGCUGUAAACAGGGUUUUUGGGUACACAUUGGGAAUCUUUAUGCCAAAUUUUUUAACCGGAUGAAAUUCAUAUGAAGAUUGUAUAUGAAUUAUGGGUAUGGUUUAGAGAAAUCAAUUCUCAGUUGAACUGGCUGGUAAUUACUUGGCAAUGUUUGGGUAAAGAGGUGCGUACUCUUUUUUUUUUAAUUACAUCUUGUUGGAAAUCUAGAAAGCUUCAUGCUAUCGUGCAUGUUUUUUUGUAUCAAAUUUGCUGCCAUAUUCUCCGUGGGUGAGAACAGUGCUGCACUGUGAACUCUUUUUUGGAAGUUUUUUUUCUCAAAGUGAUUGAGAUUUUAUGUUUUCUCUCAGAUCUAUAAAGCUACAAGCUUUCUAGAUUUGAUGACGAUAUUUGAUGAUGAUAUUUUGGUCUUACUGUGGUAAUAACAGCAUAUUAGCUUCUUUGGUUCAAGCACAUUCACAACCAAUAAGUUGAUAUCAAUUUUAGACUCAUUCCCGUUUCAUCCAGUCUUUGCUGACUACGAGGAGACAACCCAACUCUUUGUUUACCACUAUCCACUUUGGUUUUUUACUGAACUGAUAUGCCUUCAACUUUUGGAGAUGCAAGUGAGUACUUACAGUAUUCCCCAAAAUCGCUCAACAUAUGGAGCUACUUUUUUGAAAAUAUGGGAUACGCUCAACAGAAAAUCUGCUAAAGUUGUUCUUGGUUUUAGCUGUGGAGAAAGUAUUUUUAUUGUCCCAACUUAUCUAGUCUGAAUGGCUACAUCUCUGCAUACCCGUGUGGACUUUAUUGCCUAUCACUAUGCAAUUCAAACGUUUUCUUCUUUGUUUUGUGAAGUGCGUAAAUUUUAUUGUUUCUGUAUUUUUCUUGUUAGUUUGUCUUGAUGCGUUAUUCAUCAUUGAAAAUAUUAGUUCAGGUUAUUGGGUUAUUAAGUUAUUGCCCUUUUUAUUUCUAUUAAAUCAAAUUUGGUACUUCUACAGGUUUAGUGGAAACUGAUCCUGAAGGAGCACUAGCUGGUUUUGGUGAAGUUGUCCGAAUGGAAUCUGAGAAAGCAGAAUGGUGCGUAUGUCAUGUGAUCCUUCUGCCUCUCAUUAGAUCAGAAUGGGUACUCCGAAUGUAUAGUUUUCAAUAUUUUCUUUCUAGAUCACGUGCUUCAUGGCACUUAAUAUUUUUUUUCUGUAUCUGGCUGAUUUAGGUGACACUGAAUAAAAUCUACGAUGUUUUAUAUCGAUUUUUCGAAAAAUACCAUUAAAAUGUGAAAAACACUUUCUGAAAGACUUUCGCUACCCAUUAUCACAUGUAGCUGUUGGAAUUUGAAAAUGUUUUGACUUGGUGCAUAAUUGUGGAUAUCCAUUGGCUAACAUUGGAGUAAGUUGUCCGUCGUUCCUUCUCGCAGUUUUUGUGCUUUUUUCUUUCAUUUCAUCUGAUAGCACACGACUUUUACAGUUUCCUAAGAAAUGCACAUGCACACAUGGAAGAAUCCCGUGAUUUCCUCACCGGGUUUUUUUUUCUGUGAAAGAAAAAAACCAGUUUCACCUUUCCUUCUGAAAAUUAAAUUUCCAUUUUCGUAUACUCUCCCUGGUCGCGGACAAUCUAUCAGACAUUUCUUUAGAGUUAUUAUCUUUUUUAGCCUGUUCGUGGCCUUGUAGAUUGCCUUAAAUCGUCAUUAUUAUUUCUUGAUUUGCACUUUCUUUAUCAUACGUUUGAUAAAGUUAUGAAUCUUCUAUUGAUCAGGGGAUUUAAAGCCCUAAAGCAGACCGUUAAACUUUAUUAUCGCCUGGGAAAACAUAAAGAUAUGAUGGAAGCAUAUCGGGAAAUGUUAACAUACAUCAAGUCUGCUGUAACGCGGAAUUACAGUGAGAAAUGCAUAAAUAACAUAAUGGACUUCAUCUCUGGAUCUGCCAGCCAAAACUCCAGUCUCCUUCAGGAGUUCUAUCAAGCAACACUGAAGGCCCUUGAAGAGGCCAAGAAUGAGGUCUGUCAUCGCUGGUCUGCCUACUCCUGAUCUCUCGCCCGUGUCCUAUAUUCCCUCUGCCUGAUCUGUCCCCCCCUCCCCCCCCCGUUCGUCUCAGAGACUAUGGUUUAAGACAAAUCUUAAGCUUUGCAAGAUCUGGUUUGACACGGGCGAGUAUGGUCGGAUGAACAAGGUAAUACACAGCUUCUUUUUUUUUCUAUAAUGGGACCUCAUCUUUAAUAGCAAUCUGUACCCGAUGUCAAUAUAUAUAUAUAUAUGUGUGUGUGUGUGUGUGUGUGUGCGUGUGUGUGUAUAUAUACUUAUGUUGUUCAUACUUGUAGAUAUUGAAAGAACUCCAUAAGUCCUGUCGAAGAGAGGAUGGUUCUGAUGAUCAGAAGAAAGGCACCCAAUUACUGGAGGUUUAUGCCAUCGAGAUUCAGAUGUACACAAAGACCAAGAACAACAAGAAGCUCAAGGUAGAGCGCCACGGGAUUUUCUUUCUUUCCUCUCUUCUUUUUUUCUCAACGCUCUCGUUUGAAGAACUCUGCUCGUCGCCUUUAUCGGCAUCUCUUGAGAAAUCACCUCAAGAAACCUAAGCUUUGAUCUUAUCCUCAGUCUCUGAUUCCUCUUUUUCUGAGGCGAUUAAAUGGUUUUAUGAACGUGUAAAAAUAGCAUAUACUUACUGUGAACAAAAUCAGGGGAAGAACCAACCUUCUUGACAGCUUUGUGUAUGCGUAGUUAGUUCAUAGUGAUAAUUUUAGGUACGAUUGUGCAGGGAAUGGCUUCUGGGCCUUGUGAAAAAAAUUCUGUGUGUAUAACAGGCAGUGAUGCAUUCGACGGUGAUACCUGUUUUCUGAUUUAUUUAGUUAUUUAUUUAUUUAAUUAUUGAUGUGCUGAAUUGGUGGAUUUUGAUCGGGGUGCAGCAACUAUAUCAGAAGGCGCUGUGCAUCAAGUCCGCCAUCCCGCAUCCGCGGAUCAUGGGGAUCAUCCAUGAAUGCGGGGGCAAGAUGCACAUGGCUGAGCGGCAGUGGGCGGAGGCCGCCACCGAUUUCUUUGAAGCCUUCAAGAACUAUGACGAGGCCGGCAACCACCGCCGCAUCCAAUGCCUUAAGUAAAACCCCCUGAACUUAACCCCUCCCCCCCCCCCCCCCUCUCUCUCUCUCUCUCUCUCUCUCUCUCUCUCUGAAAUCAGAAAUGCUUCUUUUGCACCAUCCCCCAACAUCACCCCCCCCUUCUCUCUCUCUCUCUCUCUCUCUCUCUCUCUCUUCUCUUUCUUUGUGUGAAAUAAAAGCUCAUUUUUCACCCUCUCUAUUCCCCCCCCCGCUCUCUCUCCCUUUGAAAUCAAAACUGCUUCUUUUGCAGCUAUCCCCCAAGAUCCCCUCACCCUCUCUCUCUCUCUCUCUCUCUCUCUCUCUCCCUUUGAAAUCAAAGCUGAUUCUUUUGCAGCAUCCCCCAAGAUCCCCUCACCCUCUCUCUCUCUCUCUCUCUCUCUCUCUCUCCCUUUGAAAUCAAAGCUGCUUCUUUUGCAGCAUCCCCCGAGAUCUCCCCACCCUCUCUCCCUCUCUCUCUCUCUUCUCUUUCUCUCUGUGAAAUAAAAGCUCAUUUUUCACCCUCUCUAUUCCUCUCUCUCUCUCUCUCUAGGUGCACAUAUGUAUGUGUGUAUAUAUAUAUGUGUGUAUGUGUGUGUAUAUAUAUAUAUGUGUGUGUGUGUGUGUGUGUGAUUUUUGGGGUAAAUAUGUUGCAGAUACCUGGUGCUGGCGAACAUGCUGAUGGAGUCGGAGGUGAAUCCCUUUGACGGGCAGGAGGCUAAGCCGUGAGUCCUCAAAUCCCUCUCUCCCCCCUCCUCCAUUCCCUUUUUUCUUAGAUCGAAUCAGCCAGCCCACCCUCCCCUGCAGAUACAAGAACGACCCGGAGAUCUUGGCCAUGACAAAUCUCAUCGCCGCUUACCAGCGGAACGAGAUCCUGGAAUUCGAGAAGAUCUUGAAGGUGCUCUACCUCCUGGUCAUUAAAUGAAAUUAAUUAGUUAAUUAAUUAGUCAUCCUCUUCCCUCUUCUUCUCCGGGUGAUCAGAGCAACAGGAGGACGAUCAUGGACGAUCCCUUCAUCCGGAACUACAUCGAGGACCUUCUAAAGAACAUCCGGACGCAGGUCCUUCUGAAGCUCAUCAAGCCCUACACGAGGAUCCGCCUCCCCUUCAUCUCCGAGGUCCCCCUUCCCUUCCCUCCCCUUCAUCCCUUUCUCACUCGAGAAACCCUAACCCUAACCCUAAUUCUAACUUUCAGGAGCUCAACGUGCCGGAGAGGGACGUGGAGCAGCUCCUGGUCUCGCUGAUCCUCGACAACCGCGUCAACGGCCACAUCGACCAGGUCAACCGCCUCCUAGAACGUGGCGACAGGUAUCGAUCUAAGUCAACGCCGCCCCUUCCCUUCCUUCCUCACCGAGAUCCGGUGGUUUCAUCCGGAACCGCCGCCGCUGACGCUUUUUAUUUGCAGGUCAAAGGGGAUGAAGAAGUACGCUGCCAUCGACAAGUGGAACACUCAGCUCCGUUCUCUCUACCAGACCAUCUCCAAUAGAGUGGGCUAG